AUGGACCCGAGAGGCGGAGUCGGUGCGUCGAGAGCCGCGGGCGAUAUUCCCGAUCUGAGCCUGCGGGCUCUGCGAAAGCUCAUUGUGAGCUGCGCGGUGAGCCGGCUACAGUCGACUAACCGUGGUGUAAAUGUUGUAGGUUGCUCAGGAUUUCGUUGUAAUCUCCCAAAUUUGAUUACUUUUAUCGUUUUAUGCUUUUUUAUGAACUGUGUUUUCAAACUCUCGUUUUCUAUAAAUUACGCAAUAACUCUAGUAUGAAUCCAUUUCUUUCAGCUCCCUUCCCCUCAGGCCAUUCCAGGCCGCUGCCUUCAACUCCACAAUGGUUCGAGCCAUGUGGUUUCACCUUGACUUAAAGCUUUUAGCGAUGGCAAUGUUGAUGAUGCUACCCCAUUCCGACGGCUUCUUUGAUGGGGGAGGAUGUUGUGGAUGUGGCUGCUGUUGUUGUAAGCCCUCAUUCCCCGACCCGCCACCUAUUAUUCUUCAACCACCAGCGCCUAAAUGUUAGUUUGUGCUUCGCAGUGGCCAAUUCUAUUCGAUUCGAUGUAAGAACAGAGUAGAAUUGGUCACUACAAGAAUAGAUUCUUUCUUAUAGUAAAGUUAAUUAAAGCUGCAACGUUUCUGCAAUCAUGCUCAAUUAAUUUCAGGUUGUUGCGACCAGCCCUGCCUCCCAGACGCGCGACCAGUUGGACCCGCACCCCCUUGCCGACGUCGAACCAUGACAAUGUGUCAAUGCCAAGUCACCUCUCGACCCUGCUGUUGCGGUUGCUGUUCACCCUGUUGUUGUCAACCCUGCUGUUGUCAGCAGUGUUGUUGUCAGCCCUGUUGCUGUUGUCGCCCCUGCUGUUGCUGUCAGCCCUGCUGUUGCCAACAAUGUUGCUGCCAGCCGUGUUGUUGUUGCCAGCCCUGCUGCUGUCAGCAAUGUUGCUGUCAGCCGUGCUGUUGUUGCGAGCCUUGCUGCUGCUGUAUCAUGUGCUGCUCUCCCUGCUGCUGCAAUGGCUGCGACGGUGGGUUUAGACUGCGGCGACGCAAACGCUCGGCUCCAACUACGUUCAGAGCCGCUCGUCAUGGCCGGGAUUACUAUGUUCUCCCCUUGGUUCACCCACUGGAUCCUCACGCUCAGCCGCAUCACCAUCACAAGAAGGGAAAGAAGAAGGAUCAUCAUUUCUUCCAUCAUCAUCACCAUCAUCACUACUUCCACGGAUUCCCUGAGGGCCAAGAGUGCAAAUGUGUUUGUCCAGAGAAUCCUUCGGGUGGAUUUGGAAGUGCCGGAACAGCAAGUACCAAUUCAAACACCGCUUAUGGCCCAGCCUCUCCAAACUACGGAACAAACACACAAAAUCCAACGUUCACGACAAGUGAAAGCACCGCUACAAAUUGUGGGAGCUGUCAAAAUUGCAACUGCGCCAACGGACCCAGCUGUCUUAACAGUCCUAACUAUCAAUUCGGCUCAAGCUCAACACAAAACCCCUUCAACACUGGUACGAAUUCCAAUGCAUUUACCGGUGCGGGCAAUCAAAACGGCUAUGCCACUCCUAAUGGACCUUGUGCUUGUGAUCCGGCUACUUUCACCUCGGCGCAAAGCCCUUGUCAAGCAUGUCCUUGCGGUCAAACUCCUGGGUUUAACCCGACAAACGCUGGAUUCGGCUCCGGCUCUCAGACAAACGCAUAUGGCACAGGCAACGGAUAUGGCUCCAACUAUGGCCAAGAUGCUCAACCAUGCCCAUUACCGGACCCAUUGCCUUGUAACUGUGAGAAUGUGAAUAUGAAUAACCUCAACAAUCCUGCAGGUGCACCCAUGAAUCCCUCGAUGGGCACAACGCCGAAUAACGGAGUUGGUGGAGGACUCAACGCGUUCAUGAAUUUCGCCAACAGCUUUGGAGGAUUUGGCUCGAGUAUGGGCAAUCAAAAUCCCCAGAACAUGGGAACACAAAAUCCUCAGACAUCAGCCGCCCCACAAGCUGCCGAUGGAGAUAACGAACCGUCCCCGGAAGACUGUCAAUACGUUGAGAAUGCGAUGAGGUGGCUAAACCAGCAGCAAAACCGGGAGACGCAGCCUCCUGGCCAACAACCCAAUCCCGGUUGUAAUUGUGGCUUCAACAACUAUGGGGCAAAUUACGGGCAAAACUUCCCGGGAUUCAACGGAAACCCUCGAGAUUUCCAAGGAUACGGCUCGAAUUACAACGGAUACCAGCCGAGUCCGGAAAGCAUGUACGGCGGAAACUAUGCACAACAACAGGCGGGACCCUACGGUUUCUUCCAACAUCUUUUCAAUCGGAAAAAACGAGAGAAUCCAACGUUUUCGGACAAGAUCUUCGACUUUUUUUUCCCAUUACAAGAUGAUUUUGAGCAAUUCCACCGAGAUUAUCAACGGGACUUCAUCAACGACAAUAAGGUUAAUCCGGAGCGGACAGAACGGCCUAGAAGGUGUUGCGAUUGUUGCUGUUAUUUGUGCUGUAAUUCCAAGCGAGAGGCGCCAACUCCACAAAAGGAUGAGAAAGGUGGGGGUUUUGAAUGAAACAACGCAUACUGCAGCGGAUCUGUGUUUAAACGGGUGAAAUUUCAAGGAGUUGACAGUUUAGACAAACCUUGACAAAGCUUGAGUUAAAUUUUGAAGAGAGAUGUAAGUAUGAAAGCCCUAGAGCCUUCAGAAGUUCAAAUAAACUACUCUACAGUGGCGGACCUGAUCCAGUGGCAAAAAAGUAUCAUUUUGCAUCCGGGAAGUAUCAAAAAACGCAACAAAAUACCUCCAUCUCCAAGUGAAAAGAAACUCCGAUUUCAAAAGCGCGUUUUUGUGAGGGAUAAGGCGCGACCUUCAAAACGCAGUUUUUUCACCUGGAGAGGGAGGCAUUUAGACACAUUUUUGAUACUUCCCAGAUGCCAAAUGAUACGUUUUUUGCCGCUGGAUCAGGUCCGCCACUGUAGAGUAGCUUAGUUCUAUUUCUGAAGACUCUACGGCUUUCAGACUUACACCUCUCUUCAAAACGAACCCAAACUUUAGCAAGGUUUGGCUAAACCGCCAACUCCUUGAAAGUUCACCCGUUUAAACCUUGUAUGACAACGAAACAGCUCAAACUAUAUUUCCUUUCCAGUACAACCACAGAACACGCCACCUCCAGAGCAUAUGCGACCUAGCCGACCAAUAUUCGAGACCCCUCAUGACACUCUUUACCGAGCACCUCAUAAAAUCAUACCAGACACCGAGCCACUUCCGAUAAAUCCUCCGCCAGAGUACGUGAAUCAUCUACAACCGCCGCCAAUGCUCGUGAAUCACCUAAAUCCCCCUCACAUUGAGAUCGCGCAUCCUCCACGGAUAUUACAGCCGCCUGUGGAGACACCGUAUCCGCAUCAGUUGAGGUUCAACUUGAAAAAACGGAAAAGGUAA